ACCUCGUAGGCGACCGCCAGUGCCAGGUGACGAAGUGGUGCGAAAACACCGUGCCGCCGACUAUGACCCGUCGAAAGGCUCGUGUGCAGCAUCCAAGGCCUUCUUCCUGCGGAGGAUCGGUGUCAGUGUGUGCUUAAACUAAUCAGGAUAUCUUAGUGCGAGUAACCGGUCGCCGUCCGCCGCAUGAUGUCGCUGCUGAGUGUCACAGUGAAAAAAGCUCGCUACGUUGGAGCUCAAGCAUCUCAGUUUAACACUUACGUAACUCUCAAACUACAGAACGUCAAAUCCACAACUGUGACUGUAAAAGGAGCGACACCAUGCUGGGAACAAGACUUUCUUUUCGAAACAAACGAUCUAAAUACUGGGUUGCUGAUAGAGGUCUGGAGCAAGGGUAUGAUAUGGGACAGGGCCUUGGGAUACCAUUGGAUACCCCUUCAAACCGUUCAGUACUCGAACGAGGAAGGGAACGGCCAAUGGUUGUCGCUCGAGGCGGAGCUGGUGAUGAGAGACGGGGAGGUGGUAGGGACGAAGAUGCCGACGGGCCAUUCCCUGCUGGUCGACUGCCGCUUCGAGCUUCCUUUUGAUCCGGAAAAUAUAGAGGCGUCGGACUUGCAGAGGAAACUGGAAAUGCUGAACAAUAUAAUGGACCAGGAGGCGCGCGCCGAACAAGCGCGCCGACAAAUGCAGUAUUUCGGCCACUCUUAUGAUAAUCACUUUGACAAUGAAAUUUCAGCGGGGUAUUCGGAGGACAGCGACUACACGUCCGAUCUGAAUUAUCCCGUUGGUCAACACGCCAACUCGUCCGCCUCCCAAUUCCGCUCGGCGGCGCACCAGAUCAACACGCCGCAGCGGUCUCUCGAAACGUCGAGGGAGAACUCGUACGAGAGAGACGACGCCCCCAACGCACAACACCACCUGUCGCAGCUGCCGACCACCCACCAACACCACCUCAGUCCUGGGACGCACCGGAGACACCACCAGCGAUACUCCCCUAACACCGACGACUACACAAGCUACAACACCCCCCACGUAGGACAAAACUCUCGCCAGUACCAGGACAACAGCAUCGACUCUGAGCCGUUAUUCUACAACAGCCGACCACGGAACAAACCGGACUAUUCUAGCCAAGAAGCAUGGGUGAGCUGUGAGAGUUCCUUUUACAAUCAGAGCGUGGAUAGUAUCGAAGCAGGAUAUUCUGUCGAAAUGGAUUAUUACGGAGGGCACCACAAUCCAACACGUAAUUCAAGAGCAUUGCGCAGACCAAGUUUAGAGCGCCAAACGACGUUGUAUGAUGAUUCUCCAUAUUAUGGGGAAACUAAUUACUACUCCAAUUCAGAUGUUACCAAAGUCAACUACUUGGUCAGUUCCCAGUCCUUCAAGCAGAACAAGAGCUGCGACGAAUACUUCGACUCCCUGUCCUACCCGUUCCAGGACGAGCGCUACGGGCAGGACGAGGAGGACCGCCAGUGGGACUCGGGGGGGUUCUACGCCAACGCGGCCCCCAUCGGCGCCCAACACAAAGUCGGCAAAAAACUCCCCGCCAUCCCAGUUAUUCAGAACCACGUGAACAAGCGGCGAUCGUCCGCCGCCGCCGUCGACGAAGGCUACCCCUCCUACGAGGACCAAUUCAGGCCGACCCCCACCCCCACGGGCCGCAGGCGGAUGCCCAGGAUUCCAACCAAGAGGUCGGCCAGCCGGCAGAGCUCCCUCAACGAGCCGGAAUUGUUCGAGGGCUACCGCACCCCCGAGAACUCCUCGCACAGGGGGGCCAGCCUCCCGCCCACCCCCACGAAGAACACUAAGCUGCUAGCGCGUCUCACCACUCUCUCAACGCCUUUCAACAGCCUCCCGCCCACGCCCGGAAGGCAGCUGCCUCGGCCCAAUCUGAAUCGCUCCAACGCCAGGACUAAGCGGAACAACUUGAUGAAGAGGACUAGCUCCGCGGACUACGCGGACAACCUGGACUCUUACGACAAUUACUACAUGCGGCCAGGGGCUAUCAGCGCGAGGGAAAAUUACAAUGAAGACUACAACUAUGCAUAUCAGAGUAUAGACAACUUGCAAGCACAGGAGGACGAUCUAGACGCAACUCCAAUGACCAACCUGAGUGAUAACAGGACCCUUACCAACGCUAACUACUUGCAAUCCAAAACCGACACGUACCAAGACGUGCACAGCAAGAACGAGCCUUACGUGGACGACUACUACUUCAGCAUCCAAGACACCGACUACAAUGAUUACGAGGAGACCCUCCCGUCGCGCCGCAAGAAGCCCCUGGGCAAACGGGAAUCCAGUCCAUUGCUCCAGCAGAACACGGACAGCCUCGAGUCCCGCGACGACGAGCUCAAGGACUCCUUCGAAACGGCGGUGUCUUCGAUGAGCAGCUCCUUGCACCAGCUCAAGUCCACGCCGUACACGGAGUACUCGACCGCGGGAGACAUCGUGCUGACCAACACCGCGCCUAUGGUGGCUCUAGUGGACAACCUCCAGAAGACCGCUUCCAACGCGAUGCAGUACCUGGGGGACCAGCAACAGAACAAAGCGAUACCCAACAGCGUCCUGCCCAGCGUCACCGUGGCACAGGUGCACAACAACACCAGCUUGAGGACCAGUAGCCAGAACAGGGGGAUGCUGAAGCAGCAGGACUCGGUGGAUGGGUCGUUUUAUCAGCAGCAGGCGCAGAAUAGGUUGGUGGAUGAGAGGAGUAAUUUCGUGGAUCCGUAUAGCGAGUACGGCGACCACGAGUCGAACUAUUUGGAGACGCAGGAGUCUGUGGAGAGUUACGUGGAGGAGGAGACCGAUGGUACCAUAACUAACGGGGUGAACACCGACUACACCAACAAAGCAAUAACCCACGACUCCCCCUCAUCUGUGAUACACGUGGAGAGCUACGACGACGACCACAACCUCCGCAGGGGCUCCUCCCAGAUAACGGUCGUCGACCCGUACCACCCGUCCCUGCAGCGGUCGGCGCCGUCCAGGAGGUCCUCUGGCGCCGACCUCUUCCCCAGACGCACAUCGGGCGAGGUCUACCACGACGACCAGUUCUUGCCGUCUUCGCGAAAGACGUCCGUGGACGCCGUGCUGCCGCGUCGCGCGUCGGUCAGGCACUCGCCGUCGUCGCCUGACCACCACAAAGACAUUCCCGAGGAGCAGGCGAUCCUGGACGACGACCAGCAGGAGAAGAAGAGCGUGUCCUUCGAGGAGGAGGAGGAGGAGGAGGAGGAGGAGGGGAAGGAGGAGAGGCCGCAGGUGACGGCGCAUCAGAGGUGGCUCUGGGCGUACAACAAGAUCAUCAUGCAACUAAAUAAUGGGUCCGGCAUCGGCGGAGAUUCUGCAGGAAGGGCGAAUGGCCACCCCGGUGACAAUCCGUUCUACAGCAACAUCGACAGCAUGCCGGACAUCCGGCCUAGGAGGAAGUCGAUACCUCUGGUAUCGGACUUGACCAUGGCUGCCAAAAGAAACGCCGGAUUGACGUCAGCCGUUCCCAGAGCUACCCUCAACGAUGAGGAAUUGAAAAUGCACGUGUACAAGAAGACCCUGCAGGCCCUAAUCUACCCCAUCAGCAGCACUACCCCCCACAACUUCGUGCCCUGGACCGCCACCUCGCCCACGUACUGCUACGAGUGCGAGGGCCUGCUAUGGGGCAUCGCCCGACAGGGGGUCAGGUGUACAGAGUGCGGUGUUAAGUGCCACGAGAAGUGCAAGGACCUCCUCAACGCCGAUUGCCUGCAGAGGGCGGCGGAAAAAAGUUCAAAGCACGGCGCCGAAGAUAAAGCUAACAGCAUCAUUACCGCCAUGAAGGACCGCAUGAAGCAGCGCGAACGGGAGAAGCCAGAAAUAUUCGAACUUAUCAGGGAAGUGUUCGGCGUGGAGGAUAAGAGCCACUCGGGCCACAUGAAGGCCGUCAAGCAGUCCGUCCUCGAUGGUACCUCGAAGUGGUCUGCGAAAAUCGCCAUCACAGUGAAAUCCGCACAAGGACUCAUCGCUAAGGACAAGAGCGGGACGUCUGAUCCCUACGUCACCGUGCAAGUGGGGAAAGUGAAGAAGCGCACAAGGACCAUGCCGCAAGAACUGAAUCCGGUGUGGGACGAAAAAUUCUACUUUGAGUGCCACAACUCGUCGGACAGGAUAAAAGUUCGAGUUUGGGACGAGGAUAACGACUUAAAAAGUAAACUCCGACAAAAACUGACCAGAGAAUCGGACGACUUCUUAGGUCAAACUAUUAUAGAGGUACGCACACUGUCAGGCGAGAUGGACGUCUGGUACAACCUGGAGAAAAGAACCGACAAAUCAGCCGUAUCCGGCGCCAUACGACUGCACAUAUCUGUGGAAAUCAAGGGUGAAGAAAAGGUGGCGCCGUAUCACGUUCAAUACACCUGCCUGCACGAGAAUCUCUUCCACUAUCUCUGCGAGCAGAACAACGGGGUGGUUAGCUUGCCGCAGGCGAAAGGGGAUGACGCGUGGAAGGUGUACUUUGACGAAGCGGCGGAGGAGAUAGUUGACGAGUUCGCCAUGCGAUACGGGAUAGAGUCCAUUUAUCAAGCUAUGACACAUUUCCACUGUCUCUCCACAAAGUACCUUUGCCCCGGGGUACCAGCCGUUAUGAGCAUGUUACUGGCAAAUAUAAACGCUUACUACGCACACACCACGGCAUCGUCGGCUGUAUCAGCUAGUGACAGAUUUGCUGCCUCCAAUUUCGGGAAAGAGAAGUUCGUGAAGCUGCUCGACCAACUCCACAACUCCCUCCGGAUAGACCUCUCGAUGUACAGAAACAACUUCCCAGCCUCCAGCCCGGACAAACUGAUGGACCUCAAGUCCACCGUCGACCUCCUCACCAGCAUCACCUUUUUCCGGAUGAAGGUGCAAGAACUGUCCAGCCCCCCCAGAGCCAGUACCGUCGUUAAAGACUGCGUCAAGGCCUGCUUGCGAUCGACAUAUCAGUUCCUCUUCGAGAACACGUACGAGCUGUACAACAGGGAGUUCCAGAGCGAUCCCAACGAGCCGAAGAGGGACCCGGAGGACCACGGACCAAGACUGGAUAGCGUAGACUUCUGGCACAAACUCAUCGCCCUCAUAGUGUCGGUUAUAGAAGAGGACAAGAACAGUUACGGACCGGUGUUGAACCAGUUCCCGCAAGAACUUAACAUCGGGCAGCUGUCGGCGGCGACGAUGUGGAGCCUCUUCGCGGUGGACAUGAAGUAUGCGCUGGAGGAGCACGAGCAGCACAGGAUGUGCAAGUCAUCAGCCUACAUGAACCUGCACUUCAAAGUGAAAUGGCUGUACACCAACUACGUGAAAGACGUGCCUCCCUACAAGGGCGCGGUGCCCGAGUACCCCGCCUGGUUCGAACCGUUCGUGAUGCAGUGGCUGAACGAGAACGAUGACGUAUCAUUAGAAUAUCUACACGGUGCCUUCAAUAGAGAUAAAAAGGACGGCUUCCAGAAGAGUAGUGAGCACUCGCUGUUUUCGAAUUCGGUUGUGGAUGUUUUUACGCAGCUGACGCAGUGCUUCGACGUAGUGUCGAAGCUGGAGUGCCCCGACCCCGAGAUCUGGAAGCGGUACAUGAAACGCUUCGCCAAAACCAUAGUUAAGGUCCUCAUAGCUUACGCGGACAUCGUUAAAAAGGAGUUCCCGGAACACUUAAAGGAAGAGAGAAUAGCAUGUAUCCUUAUGAAUAAUAUACAACAAUUAAGGGUGCAGUUAGAAAAAAUGUUCGAGUCGAUGGGAGGAGAAAAACUGGAAGAAGACGCAGCUAACAUCCUGAAAGAUUUGCAACAGACCCUAAACGGUUGCCUGGAUGAACUGGCACAGCAAUUUGCCUGCAGUUUGGAGCCGAGAAUAACGGUGAGCGUCAAAGAACUGGCCGAUCUUCUGCUGGCUAUAAAGGGAGGAGGGCAACCGGGCCAGCUCAACCAGCCUGCACAAAGAAAUGCCGUAGCCGUAGAAGCGGACGAGGUCUUAAGGCCCCUUAUGGACUUAUUGGACGGAUCCCUGUCCCUAUACGCCCAAUCCUGCGAGAAGACAGUACUGAAAAGGUUGCUGAAAGAACUGUGGAAGAUCGUCAUGAGGAUACUGGAGAAAACAGUCGUAUUGCCACCGAUGACCGACAAGACGAUGAUGUUCAAGAGCUUAACGGACAACGCUAAGAAUCUAGCGGCCAACACCAAGAUAGAAGACAUGUCCAGGCUCUUCAAGAACCACAUGACAGGGAAGCAGGACGUGAAAAACGCCCUGAGCGGCGUGAUGGACAUAUCGAAGGAAGUGGAGAAGAAUCUGUCGCCCAAACAGUGCGCGGUGCUAGACGUGGCUCUAGACACGAUCAAGCAGUACUUCCACGCCGGAGGAAACGGUCUGAAGAAAGCCUUCCUGGACAAAAGCCCGGAACUGCAGAGUUUGCGCUAUGCCUUAUCCCUUUACACUGAAACGACGGAUGCGCUUAUCAAGACAUUUGUCAAAUCCCAGAUCAAUGAAGACAGCCUCGACGGACAGGAAGGCAGCGUCGGAGAGGUUUCCAUACAGGUAGACCUAUUUACCCACCCGGGAACCGGAGAGCAUAAAGUAACAGUAAAAGUGGUUGCUGCGAAUGACUUGAAAUGGAACCUGGUGUCGGGUAUGUUCAGGCCUUUUGUAGAAGUAAACUUAAUUGGACCACACUUGUCAGACAAAAAGAGGAAGCACGCAACCAAAUCCAAGUCCAACAACUGGUCGCCAAAAUAUAAUGAAACUUUCCAUUUCAUUAUUGGGAAUGAGGAGCAACUGGAUUCUUUCGAGCUACACAUUUGUGUAAAAGAUUUCUGUCUCGUUAGAGAAAAUCGACUGGUUGGUGUGGCCGUUAUGCAACUGAAGGAUAUCGUAGAUAAAGGUUCGUGCGCUUGUUGGCUGUCUCUAGGGAAGCGGAUCCAGAUGGACGAAACAGGGUGGACGAUACUGCGCAUUCUGUCCCAACGCACAAACGACGAAGUGGCAAAGGAGUUUGUAAAGUUGAAGUCUGACAUAAGACAGGAGAACCCACUUCCAAACCAGUAAGGUGUAAAAAUCUGUCUCCCCAUCAUUGAUCAGUGAAUAAAACAAACAAGUGUGUUCAUAUUCAUCUCAAGCAGUGUAUAAAAUUUGUUAUAUGGACCGUCCUAACUGACUGAUGACGUAAAGAAGAUUACAUCACUACACUUUAAUAAUAUAUGUGCCUCCUGACCCGAACUUUCAACAAUAAAUUUACCGACAUAAAUUAACUACAUAACUUUGUCUAUCACAAGCAUAUGAAAACUUUAUAAAAACGCAAUAAAAAAGCAUCAUUCUUA